UGAAGCAUCAAUCAAAGGCAAUAUGUACAUUGUAUCAAUUUGCAUCGUCGAACGGUUAGAAUCACGAGUGUAGAAUAAUAAUCCCUGGUGGUAGAUAAGCUCGGAACGCGCAUAUACUGUACUCAAAGUUAACACUAACUAGAGUGAGCAAAUACACUGACGUGCAUAGCUGAGCCAUCGAAACCCGAAGCUUCGUGGGAGCGUCAGGCGAAAGACGGUGCGAUCAGAUACAGAGGAUACGUUAUCGAUUUAGCAUAUGCUGUUACGCUAAGGGCGAAGCGAAGUAAUGGGAACCCUGUGUACGGUGCGCCUGCUGAUACUGGGUCUGGUCGGAGGACUAGCGCUGCUCACGACGGUGGUCGGAGCGAGCCAGUCAGCGGCCAGUAGUCCAGUGUUGAUCAUCGUUUCGUACGAUGCGUUUCGAACCGAAUAUUUGCAACGCAAUAGUACUGCGUACAUGAAUGCCUUGCGUCGCAAUGGCACGACUAGCUCCUACUUGCGGAACGUAUUCCCGACGAAAACCUUUCCCAACCACCAUAGUAUCGCUACCGGAGUCUACCCGAACGUACACGGCGUUCUAGCGAGCAAUGUGUAUGACUUGCAGCGUAGCGGCGUCCUUAACUACUCGUACGAGCUGUUCCAUUACAACACGGACAUUUUGCCGAUUUGGUCUCUCAAUCAAUACGCUGGUGGACACAGUGGCUGUAUGAUGUGGCCCGGGUCCGACUUUGGCUAUGGCCCCAGCAACCUAACGUGCAGCCACACACAACCGUUCAACCUGUCCCUGCCGUGGAAUGACCGUCUCAGCAUCAUAUUUCGGUGGAUACGGGAUGCAGAACGACCCGCUAACCUCAUCAUGCUGUACAUCGAGGAACCGGACUACUACGGGCACAUCUACGGACCGGAGUCCAACCGCGUCGCACAGCUGGUAAUCAAGCUCAACGAUUUAACCCGGCUGCUGCACACACAGAUAGCCGAGCAGCGACUCGAGGACCGCGUUAACGUUGUCCAUCUGAGUGAUCACGGCAUGGAUACGGUAAUGCCCAAGAACUUCAUCAACCUCACUGCGUUCGUGCCAGCAGAACUUAAGUACGACGCAUACGGCAACACGCCCGUCCUGCAGAUCGUACCCAAGGUGAAACAACAGACAGCUGAUUUGUACCGGGCCCUCAAGAACGCGGCAGACGCGGAGCCGGGUCGGUUUGAGGUGUAUACGGUUGAGAACCUACCAUUGCGGUGGCGGUACAACAAUUCACAGCGAACCGGACCGAUCACUGCCGUCGCACAGCUCGGCUAUGGGUUUGACGAUAUGUGGGAGACGGUAGCCUACUACAAGCGCAAAUUCGACGUCGAAGUGACACCCGAAACGCGGUACGGGGUUCACGGUUACGAUAAUGCGCUACCGAUCAUGAACUCAAUUUUCUUUGCGUACGGACCAUCGAUUCGGGAGCAGCUGGUGGUCGAACCAUUCGAUACGGUAGAUUUGUACUAUCUGUUCUGCGAAGUGCUCAACCUUACACCACCGCCUAUGCUGUCCGGGAAUCUGAACCAUGUGCACCGCAUUUUGCGCAACGAUUCACGCGAUGACGACGACGACGGCGAUGAUCCGAAUAACGACGAUGGCCAUAACGGUUCUCACUCGAAGACCGUAGCGGUGAUUUUCGUUGGCAGCUUUGUAGGAUCGUUCGCCAUCGUCAGUUUGCUGGCGCUCGCGGUGAUUUAUCAGCGUCGAAGACGCGAAAAUCUGGUCCCACCAUACCUAUACGAGGAAACGGAAACCUUCAUCGACGAGGGUAACAAGCUACUGCACACCAGCACUACCAACUCCUCCAUUAAUGGGGGUGACGUAGUCUCCGUGGACGUUUGAAGUGAGCUGUUUGAAGCCCCUGUCAAAUCAAACUUCAUGGGAACAGGAACUGCGAUUUCGUAUUCCAGUCGGCCAAACUGUCUGGCCAAUCACCCUAAUAGAAUUCAUGCAACCAACGUUCAGCCAACGGUUUGCCAUCCAUCUCAGCGUCGUGCUCUCAAAGGGCAUGAGUCUGAUUGUGUAUAUAUCAUGCAACCAUCAUUCCGUCAGGUUGGAGUAAUGGGACUUAGACGUGCAGCAGCAAGAGUCCGGUGCAGUGCUCGUUAAGAACACCUAAACUGACUGGGAAAACUUGUGUAGCAUACAUUAAGUGUUCUUCUUCCAAAACUGAACCGUUCAAGCAAAGCCUUCCGAUCGCCUUCAAUCGCCCACAAAUAAAAACACUCACACACUUACACACCUACAAACACUUACACAGAUACAUCUUUCCAUUUUAUAAUGGGGCUAUGCACUUCCAAAUCGCCCUGUUGCACACGGAUACAAAAGAAACUAAACUAAAAAGUCUACAUCAAGAACUAUUGGAUACAUUAUAAAUGUUGUAGGGAAGAAAGGAAUUGCAUCGCAGCGUGUUAAUUCAUUGUGGCCAUAUUUUUUGUGUGGUUGUGGUUUGCGCAGAAGAGGGCCACCAAAGUGCUCCAACAGUGCACAAUUCAAUAACAAUUUAGUAUUUAACUCGUUUUACACGGCGCGUAAUGGGUCCCGUUCGGGCGUGUAGUAAAUUGUACAUUAUGUUUUCGUAGAUUUUUACUUUUCAUCUUUUUAUCCCCGUCCGAUUCCCAACAGCAACCGUGCAAGUGUAGGAAAUUAUCGGAAGGAGUCGGUGGCAGAGGUUCGUCUGUCGUUGUACUCGACCUCUAGUAGCUAUCGUGCAGCAGCACGUAAUCGAACAACCACGACGCUGCAAAUACAUUAGAAAACCGUGACUUUUUCACGUUAUCAUGUGCUAAAUAUCAGAGGAAUAAGAAAUCCGAUUGUUUUAAGAAAAAAAGCUAUCUCUAUUGUGAUAUUUUUCUAUGCGGAUAUCUAUGAAUACAAGUAGUAGUCUAUUAGAUGUAGAGACGCUGGAGCGGUCAGCGCUAGACUGGCAAAGAAGCGAAACGGAGCAAGCGUGAGGUUCACCGGCAUAUACUGUAUACCUUUACAUUGUGCAACGAUUGUAGCCUGAAGAUGUAUUUAAAUUACGAGUCGACUGGCUUACCUAUUACACCAGGAGGAAGCCGGAUAAAAGUAACUUUUGAAGAAUCCACCGAACACCGAAAGCAAACACGCGGAACUUAGCGAGCAGACGACAAAGGACAAAGCCAUAUCUAGCGUAGGGCAGCGGUGGGCAGAAUGAUGCACAGCUAUGAAAUGAGCUACUCCGGGAGCUAUGUACACUAAAAGAAACGCACGGCUACGCCUAGUGGUUUUAGUUGCGACACAACGAAUUUUGUAAUGUCCAGUGUGUGCCGUCUACUGCUAGAAAGUUCUCGAGUAGUACAUUCUCUUGCGCAAUCUACCCGGGGGAAACAGAUUUAACGAUGUAUUUGUUUUAGGAAAAGUAACAAAAAAAAAAUAAAAACCAAAUGUUGAAGUUUAAUGGUCUCAUUCGAAUAAAAGAACCAGUUUAUGUAUCAGAUCAGGAUAAGUGUGGUUUUUCGUAUAG